AUGUCCACUAGCAAAGCAGAAGGCCGUCGAGAGGAUGCGCUCGCAAAGCAGCGCGCGCAAAUGCGCGAGGAUUUCGAGCGGCAGAAGCAGACGCUCAUCCAAGAGACGGAGAAGGCCCGGCCCUCGUCGAACCGUUUUGUGGGGCAGAAUGACUCGAUGGAGGACACGCUUAAGCAGAGCACGGUGGGUCUCGUGAAGCUCGAGGAAUUCCAGCAGCGUCGGAAGGAGCUUGAGGAGGCGAAGGCCCGUGAGGCAGCACGCACGAAUGAGCUCAAGUAUGAUUUGUUUAGGGAUGAGAAGAAGGUGAAGAAGCGCAAGAAGGCCGCCAAGUCUACCCUUUCCUUCGCUCUCGACGGCGAGGAAGACGAGGAAAACGGGUUUGACUCUCCAAAUGGCGAAGAGCGACCCGUGAAGAAGUCCAAGUCACGCAAAAAUCCAGAGGUCGAUACUUCGUUCCUGCCAGAUCGUGAGCGUGAAGAGGCGGAGCGCCGAGAGCGGGAAGAGCUCCGGCAGGAGUGGCUGCGGAAACAAGAGGAACUCAAGAAAGAGGACAUCGAAAUCACGUACUCUUACUGGGAUGGAAGCGGACAUCGGAAGAGUGUCACGUGCAAGAAGGGCGAUACCAUAUCCACGUUUCUCGAGAAGUGUCGUCAGCAGUUCCCGGAACUCCGCAGCGUCAGUGUCGACAAUCUGAUGUAUGUGAAGGAGGACCUCAUCAUUCCAGGUCACUACACGUUUUACGACUUCAUUGUGAACAAGGCCCGCGGAAAGUCCGGCCCAUUAUUCAACUUUGACGUCCACGAUGAUGUCCGGCUCUUGGCAGACGCUUCUGUCGAGAAGGACGAAUCCCAUGCUGGGAAGGUUGUCGAAAGAAGUUGGUAUCAGCGUAACAAACACAUAUUCCCUGCUUCGCGUUGGGAGGUCUAUGACCCAGACAAGGAUUACGGGAGUUACACCAUUGCGUGA